AUGAACCUCUCGAGCGUCCCAGCGCUCGACGCCUGGCCAGCGAACGGUACGGUCGACACGUUCGCGAGUGUUGCGGCACUUCCUCGUGGCGAUGGUCCACUGUUCGUGUGGUUCAACCAAACGUGGAACGGCUUUCUCGAUCGCAUCGGCGAUGACAACGUGACGCUCUACGUGGGCUUCCUGACCGUGUACACCUACUCCUUCUUCUGGCUCGUCGGUGGUCUGUUCGUGCUGAUGGACCUCACGAACUGGCCGGCGGCGCUGCGGAAGUACAAGAACCAACCGGGCGCCAACGAGCCGCUCGAGUGGGAUCGCUGCAAACGGCUGGUGAAGGUGGUCCUGCGCAACCAGCUCCUGUACGGCAUCCCGACCACGUACUUUGGGUUCAUGCUGCGCUGGAUAGUGUUCUUCGAGCCACCGGAUCCGCGCGUCCUACCCACGCUCGGUACGAUCGUGCGCGACAUCCUGGUGUGCAUCGUGGUCUGGGAGAUCACCUUCUACUACAGCCACCGGUUGCUGCACUCCAGCUUCUUCUACAAGCGCAUCCACAAGAAGCACCACCAGUGGACGGCGCCGGUGGCCUGGGCGGCCAUGUACGCGCACCCGUUCGAGUUCGUUAUCAGCGAUCUGCUGCCCGUGUACCUUGGGCCGGCCCUCAUGAGCUGCCACGUGCUGACGUUCGUCCUGUGGUUCACGUUCGUCAUGAUGGACACGCUGGUGGACCAUUCCGGCUACCAUCUGCCCGUGCUGGGCAGCUCCGAGAUGCACGACUUCCAUCAUCUCAAGUAA